CACACCUUGGUCCGUUUCCGUGCAAUGCUAUGCGCCUCACUACCGACUUGUUGAAUCGAUGAGUUGCAACAUGAUUGACAGUAGAGACCAUGCCACGCCCACCUAAGGCUUCUGCACGUCACGUUCCAGGCCUCCCCUCUACGACUUUCGUCCUCGACAAUGGAGGGUUUACAAUAAAAGCAGGCUUCGCUCCCACGGAUCCAGGCACCGACGACGCGACCCUUUCUCGAUGUCACACAAUACCCAACGCAAUUGUAAGAACUCGAGACAGAAAGACCUACGUUGGCUCGGAGAGUGCAGAAAUAACACAAUGGAGCGAAGCCUUGUUUCGCCGACCUGUAGAGAAUGGCCAGGUCGUGAGUUGGGAAGCACAGAAGGAGAUCUGGGAUCGAUCAAUCUUUGACGAGAAGACGGCUGGGAAGGAUGUUCUGGUCAAAAGACCCGAAGAAACUACGCUGAUCGUCACGGAACCACCGAAUAGUAUGCCAGCACUCGAGAAGAAUGCGGAUGAAAUCAUCAUGGAAGAAUGGGGGUUUGGUGGCUACUCUAGAAUGAUCGGACCGUCGCUGAACGCCUACAAUGAUCUCCAUUCUCUGUUUGAAGAGGCGCCCGCGCCCACCCCUGACACACUCGCACCGCCACCCAUGGAGUGUUUGAUGGUCAUCGAUGCCGGCUACAGUCACACCAUCAUCACCCCUCUAUACAAAGGUCGACCUCUACAUCGAGCGAUACGACGUCUGGACUUCGGCGGCAAGCACUUGACGAAUUUACUGAAAGAGAUGAUCUCGGUGCGACAUUUUGAUCUACAUCAAGACACGAAGAUUGUCAACGAUAUCAAAGAGGAGGUAUGCUACGUGAGCAAAGACUUCCGGGGUGACCUCGAGAAGACCUGGAAGGGCAACAAAGGUCGUUCAACACCGGCUCCCGUGAAAGUACGGGAUGGUGAUGAUGUCGACUCGAUGGAUGUUGAUGAACAAGACGAAGAAGUCCGGGUCGAUUAUGUCCUACCGGAUGGCACACAUUUACUCAAGGGCUUCAGCCGUCCUCACGAUCCUACCCCUGCGGCGAAGAAACGCAAACGAGCCGCUCUUGCUGGAGCCAGUAUCGACUCGGAGAUCACGAUGACCCUGGGCAAUGAGAGAUUUGCCGUUCCCGAGAUUUUGAUGUCCCCGAGUGAUAUCGGAUCCAAGCAGCCUGGGAUUCCGGAUAUUGUCAUGCAGUCACUCUCGGUGUUGCCUCCACUCGUGCAAGCCACCAUGCUGAGCAAUGUUCUUGUCGUGGGAGGAUGUGCCAAAAUCCCGGGUUUCGUCGAACGUAUCGAGGCGGAACUGAGGGCGAAGGUCAAGACGGAAUGGGAAGUUCGUGUACGAAAGAUGAAAGAUCCUGUCACCUCGACCUGGCUUGGUGGUGCGAGAAUGGCCAGCCGAUUACCUUCCGUGGUACGAGAAUACGGCAUCACCAAAGAGGAGUAUUGGGAACAUGGUAGUGCUUGGGCUACAAGGCGCUUUACCUAUGGUGACAAAUAGAUUUUUUUGGUCUUGCCAGAACUUCAUGAAAUCAUGAGAGAGAAUGAUAUACUGCUCACAGCAAAGAUUAUGAGUAAGGUCGGAACCUAUAUUAUAGGGUGUUGACGAAAGAGAUCACGCCGUUGUUUAAUGCCAACAGGUUCUCG